GAUUAACGUCAUCGACAGUUCACGUCGCUUCUAGAUCCCAAUGUGGACUUCACCAUGCCACCUCCCAGAGCCCCUCAACACAUGCCUAUUUCUUUACCUCUCCCCGACGUCCGACCUACCGGUUCUUCGUGUCAUUUCCUCGCCUUGACCAUCAUCUCAUUGACUGCUAAUCUCUGCAACAACUGACCUGGUCUUCCGGACCUGUUCCCCCGAAUUUAUGACCUCAUACUCGCGCUACGGUUUCACCUUGGAAGCUUCUACAAUCAGAUAGAGCUUAUCGAUCGGCAGCCCGCAAAACAAAUGCAAGCAGCCAUGACCGACCCUGUACCACUGCGCGGAUCCUGUCAAUGCGGCCGGAAUCAGUAUCUCAUUCGUCUGUCCGAUAAUGUAACCGAUCAUGCGCAGGUUUACUUUGACUCCAGCGAAGACAACCGUAGAUCCCAUGGCUCACCAUUGACGGCAUGGCUUCGCGUCCCCCUGUCGUGGUAUCAGUCCCACACGCAAUCCUACUUCCCCGAUGAAACGCAUGCAAGCAUCCGGCGCAUCUUCUCCCCGCACCAUGCGCCUCACACCCAGCGUGUCUUCUGCGGGUUCUGUGGCACUCCGCUCACGUAUUGGAGCGAGAAUCCCAGGGAGGAGGCGGAUUUCAUGAGCGUGUCCGUUGGAAGUCUGUUGGGUGAAGAUCAGCGUAUGCUAGAGGAUUUGGAUCUUCUUCCUCCGGUGGCGCCGUCCUCGGAUGAAGGAGAGGAGGUUGAGGACGAGGAUGAAGACGACGUCGAGGAAGUGCCGAGAGUUGUCGAAGGAGAGUUGAUAGAUAUGGACGAGGAGGCGGAAGACGUGGAACCAGAGCAGGAACCAGAACGAGAGGGCAAAGUCGUCGCUGUUCCGGCGGCAGCGUCCAGUGACCAGCCUACCUCGUCGCGUGUAGUCAUUCCUGCUGCCACAGGAAGAGGUGGGUCGGGUCUCUCGCGCAGCUACAGGCAAGGGACCUUGGGUGGGAUACCGUGGUUUGAGGAGAUGAUUGAAGGUAGUCAGCUGGGUCGUUUGAUGAAGAUGAGACGUGGGGUGGGCGUUAGCGAUGAUCAGUCGACGACGGUUGAGUGGGAGAUCAGUGAGUGGUCGAGCGAUGCGCCUGGGACGUACAGACAGGCUGGCGUUGGUUUGCCUCUUCAGGCAGGGAAGAGAAAGCGCGGGCUUUAGACUUCGAAACUAAGCAGCAGACUAGUCGUCGUGUCUCUGACAAUUGCAAGUAGAUAGUACAUUUAUUUAGCGGCGUUGGUCGUCUUAUGUUGAAAAUCAUGAAGCAUCAUGUUGGAGCAGAAUCCAAUAGCAUCUAAGACAGUAUCUAUCAAGCUUCCGGCAGGCUUUCUAUACCAUAGAUACUAC